AUGGCGCAACCCGCCCAGACGAAGCGGAAAGACCAGGACUCCGCUCUAGACACGUCCAACAGCUCCUUCUUGAGCCUGUCGGAUGCCGAUGAGUCCGUCAAUGGCAGCGGAAAGCGAGGACAUGGCGACGAGCGAGACGAGAAGAAAGCGAGCAAAAAGAAGAAGAAGAGAAGGGCGAAAGAUGCAGGCAGCGCAGAAGUCAACGGGGAUGCCGCAUCGUUGAAGAGGAGGAACAGUCUAAGCAAAGCAGCCAGAGAUCCCAGGGACGAGCCGUCCAGGAAGAAGCGCAAGAAGGCCAAGAAAGAAGGGGUACAAACCAGAUCACCUAGCCCAGUCAUUGACUUUGAUGGGUUAAGCCGACCAAGCCGCGGUACCAGAGAACGACUAGAAGAGAGCCCCGAGCAAGCGGCCGAGCGACUCGAGAAGAUGCGCGUUGCGGUACGAACUAUUAUGGAAUGCGUCGGCGAAGAUCCAGACAGAGAAGGAGUUCUAGAUACACCGACUCGAUACGCCGAAGCUAUGCUGUUCUUCACCCAGGGUUACCAGCAGAAUGUCAAGGAUAUUGUCAACAAUGCCAUUUUCCACGAAGGUCACAACGAGAUGGUCAUCGUAAAGGACAUCGAGAUAUUCAGUCUAUGCGAACACCACCUGGUGCCAUUCACGGGAAAGAUGCACAUCGGUUAUAUUCCCGCCGACAACGUCAUCGGAAUCUCCAAGCUUCCCCGCAUCGCUGAGAUGUUCAGUCGUCGCCUUCAGGUUCAAGAGCGCCUCACUAAGGAGGUUGCGAACGCCAUCAUGGAGGUCUUGAAACCACAAGGCGUAGCAGUCAUUAUGGAGUCGAGUCACUUGUGUAUGGUCAUGAGAGGUGUUCAGAAGACAACAGCUAGUACCAUCACCAGCUGUGUCUUGGGUUGCUUUGAAAAGAAAGAAAAGACAAGAAACGAGUUCCUUAGCUUGAUCGGUCUCAGCAGGGGCCAGAGGUAG